GUGUGGUGUUUCGAGCGCUUCGAAACAGUGAAUCAUUUUACGUACAAUUGGUUCAAUUGAUUCGAAGCUUCGGGUUCGUUUCUCCCACCAUUAAAAAACACCCAACAUGGCGGCUUGAAAAACAAGGACAACGAUGGUGGGGGUUUUACCAGCUGUAUGACAUGAGAACGAUAUUUUUGACAUGCGGUUUUCUCCUUUCCGUUGUCGCAUUUGGAAAAGCUUGUGGGCCUAGUGAAUAUAAAUCAACUGCUGGAGAGUGCUGCCCAAUGUGCAGGAUUGGAUCAGUAGUACGCAGUGACUGUAGUGGGGAUUUGAGUACUACAUGCAAACCCUGCAGUCCAGGAACAUUCAUUAGUGAACCAAACAGCCUUCAUGAAUGCUUCACAUGCAGAGACUGUGGUGAAAGUCAAGGCCUUUACAUCCAGAGUACAUGCACUACAAUAAAAGACACUAUCUGUGAUGUGCUUGAUGGCUAUUACUGCAUUGAUUACUCCAAUUCACAGUGCCAUCAUGCUCAGAAACAUAGUGUUUGUAAACCAGGACAAGAAACAAAAAGACCAGGAACAAAGACUUUGGAUACAAUAUGUGUGAACUGUCCUCAUGGAUUUUUUUCUCCAUCGGGUCUAAUCUGCACCAAAUGGACAGAUUGCACAGCUAGGAAUCAAAUACAGACAGAAAUUGGCGACUCUGUUAAAGAUGUCAUAUGCACACCAAAAAGACGGGGAAGAUAUGGUCUCAUAUUUCCAGUGUCUUUAAUAUCAUUGUUCCCCAUAAUUCUAUACCUGUGGACAAUGUGCAGUUGUAAACUUAAGGGAGGAAAACAGUUGAAGAACAAGUUAUUUCCUAAACAUCUCAGUCAGUAGAUCUCCAGUGGUCCACUUCAGACAGUAUUGCAAUCUUCUCCGAUUGCUGUGACCAUGAGGUCCUCCGGCGCUUAAGAACUAUGAGAGCAAGUUCAACCUCAAUCACACCUAGGAGGACAAACUAACAACAGCAAGCUUUUUUUCUUUUCUUUUUUUUUGUAGCAGCUCCAGAGUAUACAUGCAUGUACAGCAAUAUCAUUAAAAGACUCAGGGUGCGUCUCAAUCAGCUCCAUUGCUCCCGAGGUCGUGAAUCAGUAGGUCAUGUACAUGAAUUCGGUCACUGGUAAGUUCCCUGACUCACUGCACGUUGGGACAGUGAUCACUCGAAUUCCAGUGACAUGAUUACGUACAGCGUCAACGGACAACAUAGUAGAACGUCAUCGCUAGAAUUAACAAACAACAGGCAGGACCUUUCUCAUUUUUAUAUUAUUUUUUUAUUCUCUUUAAAGACAUUGUUCUGAACAAGGGAGCUGAUUGAGACGCACCCUCACUCAUUCCUGACACAACAACAAAUAGACAGCAUUUGAAAUAACAUACUGCAAGAGGGCCAACUACAUAUGUAGGGAGACCAGGGCUAGUGCACACUUUUCUCAGUGACCAUUUACUAGGGUUGUAUUUUAAAGUGAAUGUCUUGAUUGUAAAAAGUGAUUCAUGAAACAGCUGAAAUGAAAAAGAUCACAUACACAUACAAAUCUCAGUUUACAAUUCAGCCUCAAUUGCCCUAAAAGUAAGUUUUAAUCUAUAUUGCACUUUGUGUUGUAGAAUAUUGUUUCUGACAGCAGCACGAAUAACCUUAGCAGUCAGCAGAGGCUCGCGAAGCGGAGCCAGGCGCGAGUAUAAACGAGGCUUUAGCCUACCUGCAUCUGCGUCACUACAAACAAUGAAGAUUUGAGUUUAGUUAUUUAAACAGUCAUUUUACCCCCUCUUUGCUGAUUAAUAUAAUGUAGCGAUCCAGUAUCUAAGCUAUUUUAUUAAUGAAAGUCGCUGGGCAGCGUUGACAACACGUUUCUGUCCUCCUAAAUGUUUGUGGGCAGCUCGAUCUCGAUCUCACAAACCAAAAUAAUAGACAUGAUUUUCUCAGGCCUUAUGUAAAAUCAGAUGAAUAAAGAUUAUUAAAAUGAAUAAGUAUUGAUGACAGUUGAUUACAAUAACAGUUUGGUUUAUUCCCCUCAUUAGUAACAGUGUCCUCUGUGGGAUAAAUAAAGUUAAUAUUAGUCAUAUAUUAAUAAUACUUCAUUAAUAUUGUGAUUUAUCAUCCCUGUUAUAGUAUUAUUCAUAAGUCAAUUUAUUUUUCACCAUCUUUCCAAGUUCUGUACCUCAGGUCCAAAAGAAAUGUAGAAAGAAUGAAAUGAAAACACCAAAUACAUUUGUUAUUUUCAAAAGGGAAAUACUGACAUGGAUGUUUACAGAGCAGAGGUCACCUUUUUUAAUUCCAAUAGGAGAGAUGGACUUUUUUUUUUUUCUUUAGUAUUAUUAUUUUGUGCUGUAUUAUUGGUUACUGUUAUUUCUGUUUCAAAAGGCAACAAUAAAUAACACUUUAAUAUCUAAAGAGUGUUUAUGUGAUUUUAUGUUGUGAAAUGAAUAAAUGCAUAAUAAUCGUGAAACCAUGAUUAUUCCUCAGACUAUAAUCGUACCAACAAAAUCUAUAAUCGUUGCAUCCCUACUCUGGAGCUGCUAACUGAAAAUGGGGACGUCUGGUCACACUAAAAUGUGCGUUUGUUUAUGGCAAGUCUGUCAGUUGAGACACUGAAGAGAAGAAUGCAUUAAAUGUCACCUUGUUGAAAGAUUAAGUCAUUAUUUCAUUAAAACAGUUAAAAUAGUUUGA